AUGGAAAAAAGGUGGCUCUCCUCCUUCCUCUGUUUGUUGUCGUUGCACAGCGCUGCAGGCCGUCCUGAAGAUGUUACCACAAGAACAGAAGUGGUCCAUGCAUUGCCAGGCACUGAUGUGACCCUGGCAUGCGGCUUCCUAAAACCACACACCACUCACAUAAUCCAAACACAGUGGUCCAAGAUGGAUGGCACCCAGCUCACCAGAGUAGCUGUUUAUCAUCCCAUUUAUGGCACCCACUACUUCACAUUUCCUGAGGCUUCCUACAACUUUUCAGUGUCCUUCAGCGUGAGGAAGUGCUGUGACUGGAACACUGAAGAAGCUUUGUGUCCCCAUGAUACAAACACCAGAGCUGAGUGCAACCAGUGGGCUCUACAUCUGACAAACAUUACCACCUCCCUCAGUGGCCACUAUGAGUGCAGCUUUGCUACAUAUCCCCAUGGGAACAAAGCUGCAAGAAUUCAACUCAUUGUCAAGGCAGAAGAGGAGCAGCACUAUGUGAAAGAAGUGCAGUUAAACCAGGCUUUAGAAAUUCCAUGCCUUGGGAACACCACCUCAGAACAUUUGGCCAAUUAUCCUUUGAAAUGGCUGGUGGAGGAAAAUGGCAGGAAAGAGGAACUCGUGAGCAAGGAGCCCUUCCACACUGUGGUGUACAGGAAUGGCAGUGCACAGUAUGGGCAGAGACUUCAGCUGGCUUCAGAUAAUGCUCUCAAGAUUUUCCCCACCAAAAUCAUGGAUGAUGGCAGGGUGUUCUCCUGCCAUGUGAUUCACCACCCAGAGAGGGUCCAGAGGAGCAGCACCACCGUGAGAGUGUUCGCCCACCCCAAGAUCUCUCUUAGCCUGCAGAAGGGCUUGGCUGGCACCUUGCAAAAGCCCAGCAUCAGCUGUGUGGUGAGGAAGGCAUUCCCUAAGCCAAGCCUCCUGUGGUACGUGGACGGAGCAAGUCUGGAGCAGUCUGGAGGUAAUGUAACCUGUCAGUGGGGCAAUGGCAGAGACAGUGAAGGUUUCUAUCAGCUGAGAUCAACGUUGAUGUUGCAGGAGACUUACCAGACACACAGGACAUUCUUGUGUGCAUGUCUGAUUCCCUUCCCUGGAAAUGAAACACGGAAUAUUUCAUCAGAAAAAAUACUCAUUUCCUUCGACAAUAAGUCCAAUGAAGCCUCAUCUGAAGCUUUUACAACCAUGGCUUCAGAAGAGCACCAACCCACAUCUUUGGCCUCUCUGAGUUUCACAAGUCAAGUAAGUUUGGCUCCUGCUUCCACAGCACAAGCAGGAGUGCUGACUUCUACUACAGAGACAAGAGGCAUUAGCCCCACAGCACUCAGGGAGAGUUUGACUACAGCGGAUUUGAACAACUCCAGCACUGACUUCUCACAAAGCCUGAGGAAUGCCACACAAUCCUCUGAGAACACAACCCUGGAGCCCAGUGACUUGUCCGUCAGCAUCACAGAGCAGCCAGUUUCAGUUACCAGAGGGAAAGACUUCUUUACCACCAGCAGCCUGCUCAAUAGCACUGGUGGCUUGAGGAACACAAAGGGCAGUCACUUCCCCUGGCCAACUGUGGUAGCCAUCCUGCUCCUCUUCUGCAGCUUUCUAAUCAUUCUAGGCAUCAGGAAAUGGUGCCAGUACCAGAAAGAGAUUAUGAACAGACCUCCACCUUUCAAGCCACCACCACCUCCGAUAAAGUAUGCCUCCAUGGUGGAGUCUGAUGGGACUGCCCCAUCCUGCCAUGAACUGGAGAACCUGUGACAUGCCCACACCCCUUGUCGAGUACUUAGCUGACUGAUAUUGAAGAGGCUCUGUCUUUAAAAUAGUGAUUACAGGAGCUCAGUGUUAAUGACCUACACUAAAAUUCAGAGCACCUAAAUGACAUUAAUGCAGGAAGCUGAGCACUCCUGAGGACACUGGCUUCAUCAGAACCAUCUCUGUGUCAUUUUGAGAUUACAAGUGCUCAGUUUGAAUUGGUGAUCAACUGGGAAUUUGCUGUCUUGUUAAUAGGAGCAGAUUAACACAUCACUCUGCCAGCCUGUCUGAAGGAAUGCUGAAGCUUUUUGUUUUAUGGAGUGCUUAGAGAUGACAGCUCUGCCACGUGGACUCUGCCAUUGCACAGGAAACAUUGGCUUAGCACAAGCUUUUUGAUACCUAUAUGAGACAUUCUUACAAUCCUUGUUUUUUCACUAUACAAAUAUUGAUGGGUAUGACCCAAUAUAUAAUUUCCUAUCAUCACUGUGAAACCAAGCAAAUAGCAUUUAACACCUUACGUGGAAAGGAAAUGGUCUGCAUCUGUCAUUACAGGGUUCAUUCAGCAGAGGGUGGUGAAGAGAUAUUGGUGAGGUGAAAUGGCACAGUGCAAGAGUGAGGGAAGUGCUUGUGAAGAAGACUCAGUUGCCAUUGGUGAAAUCCCAAGAAAUAGUUAGUUCUGGCCUCAUGACCUUCGUGAACCAGAGAGUGAAGAGAACAGAAAGGACAACACACCAGGGUACCAGCAAUCUAAGAGGUUCCUGAAAUGCACAGAUGAUUACUUCCUCCUCCAGGUGGUAAAGGAACCUGCAAGAAAAGGUGUUUUGCUGGAUUUUGUCCUCACCAACAAGUAGGGGCUGGAGAGCGAUGUGAAACUUAAGGGUACUCGUGAUCGUAGAGACCAUGAAAUGAUAGAAUUUAAGAUCCUCAAGACAUCAAAGAGGGUGUGAAGCAAGAUCCCUGCUCUUCAUUUCAAGAGAGCUGACUUCAUCCACUUCAGGGAUCUGCUUGACAGAGUGUCAAGGGAUAAAGCCCUAGAGGGAAUAGGGGCCCAAGAAAGCUGCUUGUUACAAAUGAUGCAAAAUUAAUAAUCAAUAAUAAUUUUUAUAACCAGGAAAAAAAAUUGUUAAUUAUGAAAAUCGUUUAUUAACAUCAAAUCUCACCAGGAAACUUCUUUGCAAUGUUCAAACCACACAGUUUAGAUACUUAUACACACAAGGAACAGGCAAAACUAGAACACUGCAUGAAAUAACCAGGAAAUAUAAGCACUAAACUUAAAACUGGAAA